AUGAAGGACGAUAAUAAUGUGGCGCUGAAGAAAGCGAAUGUUGAGACGACGUUGGAUAGGGAUAGGAAUGAGGUGAAGACGACGAAUAAAAAGAAUGCUGAAAAUAGCCAAGAGGCAAUUAAGAAGAAAUUAUCAUCGAAGCAGCCAAGGAUUGGAGUGGACGGUGAGGAUUUGGUGAGGAAGAGGGGUGGGGGCGAGCAAAAUAACUUUUAUGAUAUGAUGACGACGAGUGUGGACGAUAACGAUGACGAUAACGCUGCGAACGGUGAUAACGGUUCGGUGGCGUUGGUGGGUAAGGGCAAGGGUAAGGCUAAGGCUAAGGCUAAGGCUAAGGGUAACAAGCUGCAGCAGGAACAGGAGGAGACACAGCCGAACGGCGGAGGGGUAUCGAUAAAGGGAGGCGCACGGAUCAUCAUCAUGUUAUCGAUGACAUUCAUGUUCUUCAUCGUAGAAAUGUUCUGCGGUUAUCUGUCGCAUUCGAUGGCGCUCAUUGCCGACUCAUUCCAUAUGUUAAGCGAUGUGAUGGCGCUUCUGAUAGCCUAUGUUUGUUUGAAGAUGUCAGAACGAUCAUCGAAGAAGAACACGUUCGGUUGGGUUCGAGCCGAGGUGUUGGGUGCACUCAUAAAUGGUGUUUUCCUGUUGGCGUUGUGUUUCUCGAUAGCCAUCGAAUCACUGACGAGGCUCGUAGAGCCCGAGAUGAUCAAAGAGCCGAGGCAGGUGUUGGUGGUGGGCACGAUCGGACUCUUGAUCAACAUCAUCGGCAUUUUCAUGUUUCAUAUGUGUUCUUAUUCGCAUUCAGGUCAUUCGCAUUCACAUGGCAAAGAGAAUGGUAAAGCAGAUGUGCCUGCAUCUGAUUCUCUUAGUGGACGACGUCAAACACACGUUACUAUUGAUGGCUUCGAGAGUCAGCAUCUGAUGUCGUCACAUCAGGUUUCAUUAUCAUUAUUAUCACUAUCAUUAUCAGGCUUCGUUGAUAUCGUUAUCAUUAUUAUCACUGUCAUUGAUAUCGUUAUCAUUAUCAGAUUUCGUGCUGCCUCUCAACUGAACAUGCACGGUGUAUUUUUGCAUGUGUUGGGCGAUGCGAUUGGCUCUGUAAUAGUCAUAAUAACAGCAUUAAUAUCGUGGUUAGUGCCUGGUUAUGAGAUGCUCAAAUUGUAUCUGGAUCCGGGUCUAAGUUUAAUGAUGGUGUGUCUUAUGGUUGGAACGACAUUCCCAUUGGUGCGAGAGACGGCGUUGAUUUUAAUGCAGACAACACCGGGCUUUAUCGAGAUCGAGCAGCUGCAGAGUUCGUUGUUGAAGAUAGAUGGAGUGUUAGCGGUGCACGAGUUUCACGUGUGGCGUUUGGUAGGUGAACGCAUCAUCGCCACAGUGCACAUAAAGUUCUCGGAUCUGAAGGCUUACCUGGCGGCCGCAGACCAGAUCAGAACACUGUUCCACGACAACUGCAUUCACAGCACCACCAUUCAGCCUGAGUUCUCUGAGGUGAUGACACUUAUUUUGUUGUUUUUGAUAAUGAUAAUGAUAACUAGUGAUAAGAUAAUGAUAAGUAGUGAUAAUGAUAAUGAUAAUUAG